AUGUCCAAUUUCAUGCACAAAGUCAAGGACGCCAUGACUGAUCACGACAAAGAGGCAGACCGCGGCUUCAGAGACCAGGAGGCUUACGGUUCAUCUAAUGCUCCCAUGGACACCACCGCAAACACCAACACCAACACCAAUACCAACCCGUCUGCACGAGGCUCGAACCCAUUUGGUUCUACCCGCUCUGGUGACGGUACUGGCACUGGUGGUGGUACUCGUCACACUAGAUUCAAUGACCCCCAGAACGUAGGCGACUCCACCACCACCGGCAUGGGCACUCGAAACCCCGCUGAUGGCGGCGGCGUCGGACGCGCAACCAAUGCCGGCCCUCACGAUUCGGCCGUAGCCAACAAGAUGGAUCCUCGUGUGGACAGCGAUCAAGACCACCGCGCAAACCAAGCCAAAAACCCCAGCACCAGUAACACGGGCAUGGGCACGGGCACAGGCACGGGCACGCAACGCCCCAACGUAACCACAGCCGAAGGCUUCAACCCCAACAACACGGCCUCCCUCGGCCGAAACCAAAACCAAAACCAGGGCCAGAACCUAAACCAAGACCUUAACCCGCAGCAGCAGGCCGGCCUCCAGGGCUUCGACAACCACAAAUCCACCGAGGACAGCUACAACAAGUCGACACAGGAGCACCAGUCGCACUCAGGCAGCGCAGACCAGCUAGGCAGCGAGGACAACUAUAACCUGUCGACGCAGGAGAACAAGUCGCACUCGACGACCAGCCACACUGCGCCGUGCCAGACGGGCCAGAACCAGAACCGGAACCCGAAUAUGAAUGUCGGUGGUGCGAUGGGUAGUGGGGGUAUCCAGGGCGGCCAGGGCGGCCAGGGCCAGUCGGGCUUUGGCGGCAAUGCUGCUGCUGGUGGAAGUGGGGUUGGAGAUAAUAGCGGGAUGAUGGGGCAGGGUCAGGGUCAGGGUCAGAAUGUGGAUCCUAUGAAUAAGAUUGAUCCUAGGGUUACGCGGGCGAAUGAGCAGCAGGGUCUUGCUGGGAACCAGCGGGGUGCGGGAUAUUAG